AUGUCAGUUAACCAAUCGGCAUCACAGCCAAUUGCUACAAAUGGGAUGGUGCUUUACCAACAACCUCCUAACCAGAUUGUUCAGCAUACACAGCAGGCUGCAUCAGCUAAUCGGUCAAUGAAUUUAGCACCGCAACAAAUGGUAUCGGCAUUACAGCCAACAAUCCUAGUUCCUCCACAACAAAUGCCGAUCGCUAAUCAACAGAUUGAUUGGUCCUCCAAAAUAGCUGAGGUAAUCAGAGAGCAAUUUGGUUUAAGGCCAAAGCAGCAAUCUGCUAUGUACAGGACUCCAUAUCCACUUGCUUAUGAUCAGCUCCCGUUCCCUCACAAGUAUAAGGCACCAGACUUCACUAAGUUCUCGGGGCAGGGAGAUGUUUCCACAGUCAAGCAUGUUAAUAGGUUCAUCUUGCAAUGUGGAGAAGUAGUGAAUCAAGAUGCUUUGAAGAGGUUCAGGGACGUCAAGAAUAAAUGCUACAGCUUGGUGUUGUCUGAUGAACAGUUGGCUGAUGUGGCCUUUCAGGGGCUCUUGCCACAUAUUAAAGAGAAAUAUGCUUCACAGGAGUUUGAUAGCAUUAGCCAGAUAGCGCAUCGGAUAACAGGAGAAGUUCGGCCUUAUGAGCAGAAAAGAAGUAAUUUCCAGAAAAAGGUCAAUCUAGCCGAGUUGGCCGAUAAGUCCGAUUCUGAUGAGGAAGAAAAAGCGAACACAUCAGCAGAAUGGGUCCAUGGCAGCAAGAAAUCGGUGUCAUGUCCAUUUGGGAAGAAGGAGCCCGAGAAGUUUGGCUUUGACGUCACAAAAGCCGACAGGAUCUUCAAUAUGCUAUUGUCAGAAGGGCUAAUCAAGUUAAAGCCUUAUCACAAGAUCCCACUAGAUGAAGAGUUGAAGAAUAUGAAAUAUUGCAAGUGGCACAACGCAACCUCUCAUAACACCAAUGAAUGCAAAGGUUUCCGCCAGCAAAUACAGUUGGCUCUUGAACAAGGGAGGCUCAAGUUUGAAGUCCCCAAGAAAGCGAUGAAGAUUGAUCAACACCCGUUCGCUGUGAAUAUGGUGGAAAUCAAUGAAAAGAAAGGUAUGGGCAAGACCAAGGUCUUGACGUCACAAUCGGCCAAAGAAUCUAGGAGUGUUGAUCCUAGUGCACAGGUAUUGGCCGAUGAGGUUAAGGGAAAGAAACAGCAAGGAGAAGCUGAAUGCUCCGCAAUGCCACAGAAGAGAGUCACAUCUCGGAUGCUGUUGGAUAAAUUCUAG